AAAAAUAAAAGGGUAUCGGUUUUAUAGGACGGGGGGUAUAAAAAAUCGGAGGGCGGAGAGGAAGCCGAAUAUGAAGACCAGCUGUCCGAGAGAGCGGGAGGGGGAGAAGGGUGAGGAAGAGAAGAAAGAGAGGAGAGAGGAGAAGGGAGAGAAGAAGAGAGGAGGAGAUGGCUCUCGUAGGAAGAUGAAGGGAGGAUAUCCAAUUGCGGAGAGGAGGAGGAGAGAAGAAGAGGAAGAAUAAUUUGUGGUGAUGGCCCAGGUUGGGGAAUUCUUUUUUUGAAGUUGUAGUCGUUCACUAGUCCUAGGCGACUAGUGUUUGCUCUCUGCCGCGGACUCUGAUGGACACGAGA